AUGUCGACUCCAGAUUCUUCCGGAAUCUUUCACGGCCACUACACCGUCCUCGACGACAAAGAGUUCCAAGUCAAGGGCCGAACCCUCUUCUUCGUCGUGAUCCUCUUCACAGUCGUCCUCCUCGUCACCGUCUUCUUGCUCUACACCAGAUGGGUCUGCCGCCGCCGCCGCCGCCCCUCCAACUCAUCUUCCUCCUCCGAAGCGCCCCCGCAGAAGCCGCGCGGCCUCGACGCUGCCCUGAUUCGAGGUUUGCCUAUAAUAUUGUAUCAUUCCUCCGGCGACUCCGACGUGGAAGCAGGAUGCGGUGAGUGUUCUAUAUGUCUCGGAGUUUUCGAAGACGGGGAGAAGGUUAAAGUUCUCCCUCAGUGCCGCCAUUGCUACCACUCCGACUGCGUCGAUACAUGGCUCAGCGCUCAGUCCAGUUGCCCCCUCUGCCGCACGUCGCUCCAGUCAAACACCGACGACGCUCUGCAAAUCAUCGUACAGUGA